ACCUACUAUCCUCGAACAAAAGCCAAGGCGAACAACCCCCACGAGCCGGAAUCGAAUCAACACUCUUUUCAUUCCAUUGCCAAAAUGUCAGAAGCAUACGAGCGUGAGCGCCAAAACAACGCGCGGCUCGAGGAGCUCUCGGCGAAAGUAUCCUCGCUGCGCGGCGUCACGGUGGAUAUAUACGACAACGCGCGGGCGCAAGACGUCAUCGACAGCACCAACGACACAUUCUCCUCCAUGUCCACACAGCUCAAGGGCUCCGCGAGCCGACUAGGCCGCAUGGCCGCCGCGGGCAACAAGGUCGCCGUGCUGAAGCUCUCGGGGAUCGUGAUCGCCGCGUUCCUGGUGUUGUAUUAUCUCGUGAAAUGGAUAUUUUAAUCUCGUGCCUUUGUCCCACACACAAGAAACAACUAUCACACACACGAAGCUGAAGAGCGAAUAUUCACUUAUUAACGCGGAUGACGACGGCAAUCACGCUUGA